AGAAAGCGAUGACGUCGCGGUCACUGACAAGUUGGCUCCAGACGGCCAUAUUUAAAGGGCGAUGCUUUCAGCGUCAACGAAGAGACAUCAAUUACAGAAACCAUUCUCUGCUCAGAGUUCACUCGAUUGCAUUUGUCUUAACUUUGCCUUUGGCUGAAUCUUUUCCGCAACCAAAACCUCCUCAUCCCACCGUUUCCCCACCAAACAGCUGGUGACGUCAUCCACCAUCAUCUCACGCGACCUUUACUUUCGACUCUGAACCUCCCAGAAGUUAUUUCUUGAGAGAAUUCCAUCUUCUGGAGCAUUAUCAAGUCAAGGAAAAGACACCAGAACCUCACAAGCCUCGAAAACAACAGCAAUAUGACUCGUGGAAACGCUACCAACUCCAAGGUCUUCUACAAGGGUAACUCCGAGGACUUCAUUGUCUUCGUCGAUGACCCUCAAAUCCUGGAGAGCUGGCGCAAAGACCGCUCUAUUGCUCUGGCUCACGUUGUGAACGGCUGGAAGAUCUUUGUUACUCACAAACACGGCACUCAGGGUAUCCUCGAUGGAGCCAGCAAGGGCCUUCUCGAGACUGAGUUUGGAACCUCGGACGAGGACGAAAUCAUGAAGCAGAUACUCGAGAAGGGCGAAUACCAGGCAUCUACUGCUCGGGAGCACAACGGUGAUCGGGACACCAGAAAAGGUCCCACCGGCGUCACCCGGUAAAAUACCAACUUGCAACCUAUGGCAUUGGCAUUUUUCUUCUUUCCUCUCAGCCUUUCUGAGAUUAUGAAUCUCUUAUGAAACUAUUUGCUUUUAUGUUCACAAUGAGCGGGCUCUGUUCAUUUCGCACAGCGGGGAUGUGUUAUCAUGGAUGGAGCUUAUGGACAUGGAUAUGCUAGGGAGUUUAAACUAUGAUGAAGCAUAAUAGGU